UGGUUGCAUCGCGGCUUUGGCGCAUUUUCGGCUGGUUUGAUUCAUCCAUUUUGAAGAGACGGGGGAGCGGGGGGCUCGUCUGAUUAAGGGGCCCUGAACCAAGAAGCAGCGGAGUUUGAGAAGCCUGCAGCUCGGGGUUCGGCGGCAGCGGCCCCAUCGGCCGAAGUUGGGGGGGGUGGGGCGCCGAGCGCGCGGGGUGGGGGGGGGUCCUGGUCUUUGGCUUCUCGACUCGGUCCUGUUUCGACAGCGAACAUGUCUCGGCCUGUCAGAAAUAGGAAGGUCGUUGACUAUUCACAGUUUCAGGAAUCUGAUGAUGCUGAUGAAGAUUAUGGAAGAGAUUCAGGCCCUCCAGCUAAGAAAAUUCGGUCAUCUCCCCGAGAAGCUAAAAAUAAGAGGCGAUCUGGAAAGAAUUCACAGGAGGAUAGCGAGGACUCCGAAGAAAAAGAUGUGAAAACCAAGAAGGAUGAUUCUCACUCAGCAGAGGACAGUGAAGAUGAAAAAGAAGAUCAUAAAAAUGUACGCCAGCAACGGCAGGCAGCCUCUAAAGCAGCUUCCAAGCAGAGAGAAAUGCUCAUGGAAGAUGUAGGCAGCGAAGAAGAACAAGAGGAAGAGGACGAGACGCCAUUCCAGGAGAAAGAUUCCGGCAGUGAUGAAGAUUUCCUAAUGGAAGAUGAUGAUGAUAGUGACUAUGGCAGUUCAAAAAAGAAAAACAAAAAGAUGGUCAAGAAGUCCAAACCUGAGAGAAAAGAAAAGAAAAUGCCCAAACCCCGGCUAAAGGCCACAGUGACGCCAAGCCCUGUGAAAGGCAAAGGGAAGGUGGGGCGCCCCACAGCUUCAAAGGCAUCAAAGGAAAAGACUCCUUCUCCCAAAGAAGAAGACGAGGAACCAGAGAGCCCUCCAGAAAAGAAGCCCUCGGCAAGCCCUCCACCUGAGAAAUCAGGGGACGAAGGGUCCGAAGAUGAAGCCCAGUCUGGGGAGGAUUAAAAAAGUGAUGAUGGUUUGGGGAGAGAUUUUAUUAAAAAAAAAGAGAAAAAAAAAAAGAAAAAAGAAAAAGGGGGAAAAAAAAGAAAACCUACUUAAGAUAGAACAUGGUUUUGGCUAUGGCUUGACUCAUGGGCUUUCAGUGCUUUUUUCCUUUUCUUGAAAAUAACAUUCUCUCUCUCUUUUUUUAAGAAAACCAUUGUAAGUUUAAUUUACCUUUUUGUCUGUUGGUCCUCUCUUCGCCAUCACCCAUCUUUCCCACAGCUUCCCAAUGAAAGCCAUGUCAGAAUAAUCACUGGAUUGACGGCUUUACCUUUUUAUUUUUAAUGGAAGGUAUACCACAGUUGUAAAGCAAUAAGAUUUGAGAUGAACACUACGGAAAUUUUGCUUUUUUGCUAAAUGGUAGAAAAUGAACCGUAAUCAAAAAACAUAGAAGGGUUUUAGUUAAAAAUGAUUGCUUCUCUCUCUACCUGGACUUAAAAAAAAUCAGCUGUCAUCUAAUACAAGUUUAUAUGUCUAUAUACAUAAGUAUAGAUGUCUAAAAAAUCAUGAUGUUAAACUUCCACUGAUGGGGCAGGUAGGACAUAAAGAUGAAUUCUGAAUUGUUACUAAAAGUAUUCCUAUUUUUUACCUUGGGGGCAAGGCAGGGCAUGGUGUUACCUGACCUUGUUUGAGGGUGUGGUUUGGGGGGGGGUGUUUUGUUUUUUGUUUUUUUGGGUUUUUUUGUAAAUUUCAUCACUUGUUAUCUCAAAGAGACCCGGAGCCAGUGUUCCUUUUAUCCUGCUACAGUCUUUCAGGAACUUUAAAAGAACAAAAAAAAAAAAAAAAAAAAAGGCAAGGGCCACCAAAACUUAAAUCAGUCUUGAUUUCCUAUUUCAUUCUCUAAUGGUUCAUGUUUUUAAGUAUAUAUGUAUCUAUUCUGUUUCUUGGAUAAAAUUACCAAGGAUCAAAAAAAAAAAAAAAAAAGAAAAAAGAAAAGAAAAGAAAAAAACCUUUAGGAUUUAAACAGCAAGAUCUAUACACCAGAGUGGAUUUCUUCUUAACUGACAAAUGUUUAGGUUUUAAGCAAAUAAAGUACCAAUUAAUGUGAAACUCAAUCACAAAGACUUGAGAUUUUUCCUUUAUGAAAACAGAAAAUUGAAAUUCUUUUAUGCCAAAAAUGUGCAUUCCGAUCCCAUGAACCAUGCUCUGUUUUUAUUUGGGGAUAGAACACUUUUCUUUUCACAUACCUAUCCUCCCACUUCCUUGUAGACACAUGCAGUGCAUCUCCGCUUCCUGCUCCUACGUAGGGUCCCACUGCAUACCCCAUCCCCAGAGCCCGCCAGCUCUGCUCUGGGACAUGAUUUCCCCCAGCCUCUCUGCUUCCUUCACGUUCUGUGCUUGACUAAGAGGGAGUGUGGUAAAGGCCACGCCCACACCCUUCAGUUUGCUUUUGUCCUUGUGCUCCUGCUUUACUGCUCGCCUUGCUUAAAGCAGAAGUUUCAGGGGCUCCAGGCCAGGGAGACCAUGUAGUUAGGAGCCCAUGUGCCGCUGAGAACAGACUGUCCAUGCCUUACGAAAGUAAUCAGGAGAUAGUUCUGUAGGUUUGAUCCUCCACAUCCCGAUAACCACGAGCUCAUGGGAGCAAGGGUUAGGGGGCUUAGUGUGCUAAUAUGUUGAAAAAAAAAA